UUGUUUGCAGAGCAUAGCUGCAUAAGAAGAAGCCCUAAUCUCCAUCAACACAAAGGCAUUCAAUAUUUUUCUGGAAACGCUGCGGUCGAGCCAUCUCUGAGUUUGAGAAGGUUUUGACAAGAAGAUUUUGGCUUUAAUGGGUAGUAAGAAAAGGGGUUUAGAAUCCAUAGAGGAAGCAGAGGAUGAGGGGCCUAUUGAUAAAGUUGAAUCUGAGCAAUCAAAGAAAAAAUUGAAAAAGGAGAAGAAGAAAGAUGGGGAAAAUGCAAGUGCAGCUUCUGUCAAACCAAUGGAGAGAAGGAAGAAAAGGAAAGCAUUGGACAAAGAGAGGCAUGGGGUUUCUUCUGAAAAUCAUGAAUCAAAGCCAGUGCAAACAGGUUCGGAAUUGAAAGAUGCUGAUGAUACCAAGGAGCAGCCAGCUUCUUCACCCAGCAGUGGUUUGCCAGAAUUCCAUAUUACUGUUUUUAAAGACUUGGUAUCGAUCAAUUCUUCAGUAAGAGAAGCGGCAGUAGAAACGAUGGUGAUGGAGUUGCAGGAAGUUCAAAAGGUGUAUGAUAAGCUUGGGAAAAAGGAGCUGGUUGAGCGUGGGCUGCAAUUGGAAGCUGAAAAGGAUGAUGGUCUUAACAACUGUGCUCCUUCUUUGAGAUAUGCUGUUCGUAGGCUUAUCCGUGGGGUCUCAUCCUCAAGAGAGUGUGCAAGACAAGGUUUUGCUCUGGGUUUGACUAUCUUACUCAAUAAAAUUCCCAGCAUCAAAGUGCAAUCAUUCCUGAAACUUAUAGUUGAUUUGUUAGAGGUUUCUUCUUCAAUGAAGGGUCAGGAAGCAAAGGAUUGUCUUUUAGGUCGCUUAUUUGCUUAUGGUGCCCUUGUUCGAUCAGGAAGACUAGUUGAAGAAUGGAUUUCUGAUAAAAACACUCCCUACAUCAAGGAAUUCACUAGUCUUAUUAUCUCGCUUGCAGCCAAGAAGCGAUACCUGCAAGAGCCAGCCGUUUCAGUUAUUUUGGACAUGGUUGAAAAGUUACCUACUGAAGCCUUGUUGAGUCAUGUACUUGAAGCUCCGGGAAUGAAUGAUUGGUUUGAGGGAGCCACAGAAGUUGGAAACCCUGAUGCGUUGCUCCUAGCUCUGAAAAUAAGAGAAAAAAAUUCUCUGGACAGCAAAAUAUUUGACAAACUCUUGCCAAAUCCUUUCAGCCCCAGCAAGCUCUUUGCCACAAGCCACUUAUCAUCCCUUGUCAAUUGCUUAAAGGAAUCUACCUUCUGUCAACCAAGAAUCCACAGUGUUUGGCCUGUUUUAGUAAAUAGUCUUUUGCCUGAUGUUGUAUUUCAAGAUGAAGAUGUGGUAUCUUCAAGUUCCAUUAAGAAGCACAAAAGGAGUCGCAAGUGUAGCUCUUCUGAAGAAGACAUUGCAAAAAACCUCCGGUGUUUCUGUGAAGUUAUUAUUGAAGGAUCCCUUCUUCCGUCAUCUCAUGACCGCAAACACUUGGCAUUUGAUGUUCUGCUUCUUCUCUUACCAAGGUUGCCCGCAUCUUUCAUCCCAAUUGUUCUUUCUUACAAACUUGUCCAGUGCUUGAUGGACAUACUUUCUACCAAGGACACUUGGCUGCAUAAAGUUGGACAGUAUUUUCUUAAAGAACUAUCAGAUUGGGUCAGACAUGAUGAUGUUAGAAAAGUUUCUGUCAUCAUGGCUCUACAGAAGCACAGCAGUGGGAGAUUUGAUUGCAUUACACGGACAAAAACUGUUAAAGAUUUGAUGGCAGAGUUCAAAACAGAAUCUGGAUGCAUGUUGUUUAUUCAGAACUUAACUAGCAUGUUUGUGGAUGAAGGUCAUGCUUCGGAGGAACCUUCUGAUCAGAGUCAGACAACAGAUGACAAUUCAGAGCUAGGUUCAGCAGAGGAUAAGGAAUCUGUUGGACCAUCAGGAAAUUCUGAUUUUCUGAGAAGUUGGGUCGUAGAUUCCCUCCCUAGUAUCUUGAAAUAUCUGAAGCUGGAUCCUGAAGCAAAGUUUCGGGUGCAAAAAGAGAUAUUGAAGUUUCUAGCUGUUCAGGGUCUAUUUUCUUCAUCUCUUGGCACUGAAGUGACAUCAUUUGAAUUACAGGAAAAAUUUAGGUGGCCAAAAGCAGCCACCUCUAGUGCUCUUUGCAGGAUGUGUAUUGAGCAGCUCCAGUUAUUGCUGGCAAAUGCUCAGAAAGGAGAGGGUCAGAAAGUAGAGGGUCAGGAAGGAGAGGGGCCACGAGCAUUGACAAGCAUACGUGAACCAAUUGAUCUUGGUUCUUACUUCAUGCGAUUUCUUAGUACAUUACGCAAUAUUCCUUCAGUUUCACUCUUUCAGACAUUGAGCAAUGAGGAUGAGAAGGCAUUCACUAAAUUGCAAGCUAUGGAAAGUAGGCUUUGUAGAGAGGAAAGAAACUGUCUUCAGGAAAGAAACUUGAGGCUCAGUGCAACAGCAAAUAAACUGCAUGCUCUCAGGUACUUGCUCAUCCAGUUGCUGCUGCAAGUACUCCUUCGACCUGGGGAAUUCUCUGAAGCUGCCUCUGAACUUAUUCUAUGUUGUAAGAAAGCCUUCUCUUCUUCUGAUCUCCUUGAAUCCUCUGGUGAAGAUGAGUUAGAUGGUGAUGAAACACCUGAGUUAAUGAAUGUCCUUGUGGAUACAUUACUCUCAUUGUUGCCAGAGUCAUCAGCUCCAAUGCGGUCUGCCAUUGAGCAGGUUUUCAAAUAUUUCUGUGAUGAUGUCACGGAUGAUGGACUGCUUCGGAUGUUGCGUGUCAUUAAGAAAGACCUAAAACCUGCUAGACAUCAGGAUGCAGAGAGUGAAGAUGAUAGUGAUGAUGAUGAUGAUUUUCUUGAUAUUGAAGAAGCUGAGGAAAUUGAUGAAGCUGAGACAGGUGAAACUGGUGAGAGUGAUGAGCAAACGGAUGACUCUGAGGCAGUGGUUGGAGUAGAGGCAGUUGAAGAAAUUCCUGAAGCUUCUGAUGAUUCUGAUGGGGGAAUGGAUGAUGAUGCAAUGUUCCGAAUGGAUACUUAUCUAGCAAGGAUUUUCAAAGAGCGCAAGAACCAAGCUGGGGGUGAGACAGCUCAUUCACAACUUGUGCUCUUCAAACUUCGAGUCCUUUCCUUGCUGGAAAUUUACCUGCAUGAAAAUCCAGGUAAACCCCAGGUUUUGUCAGUGUACUCAAACUUGGCUCAGGCAUUUGUUAAGCCACACACUGCAGAAGGUAGCGAGCAGCUUGGACAGCGCAUAUGGGGAAUUCUGCAGAAGAAAAUUUUCAAAGCAAAGGAAUAUCCAAAGGGUGAAGCUGUGCAACUUUCUACACUUGAAUCUCUGCUGGAAAAAAACUUGAAGUGGGCUUCAAAACCAUUUAAGAAGAAGAGAUCUUCUGAAAAUCCGUCCAAGAAGAAACAGUCAGCUUCCAGGAACCGUCAUAAAAUGAUUGGUUCUCUUGCUCAGAAUUCAAUAUUUUGGAUUUUGAAGAUCCUUGAUGCAAGAAAGUUCCCAGAGUCUGAACUGCAGGGGUUUUUUGAUAUUUUCAAGCGUGUUCUAGUGGGGUAUCUUGAUAGUAAAAAGAUUCAAAUUAAAUCCAAUUUUUUAAAAGAAAUAUUUAGAAGACGACCAUGGAUCGGGCAUCAUCUCUUAGGCUUCCUUUUGGAGAAAUGUGGCAAUGCAGAAUCAGAGUUCCGGCGAGUUGAAGCUCUUGAUCUGGUGAUUGAAAUAUUGAAGUCACAUGUGUUUUUUAACACUGAUGUAAAAGGUCAGGAGGCAUCAAAGAAAAUGUUGAAAAGCCAUCUGCCUAAACUUGCCUUUCUAAUAAAGGUGUUAGUAACAAAUAUGCCAGAAAAGCAGGCAAGGCGUACUCAUGUGCGGAAAUUCUGUGGCAAGGUCUUCCAGAUGAUAUCAACCUCUAACCUGACCAAGUCUUUUCUCAAAGAUUUGCCACCUGAUGCUCAUGUUGCUUGUGAAACCCACCUUGGUGAGGCUUUUCUUGCUUUGAAGAAGCUGGGACGCUAGGGGAUAUCAAAUUUUGUUGUGGGGAAGGUUCGUAUGAAGAAUUCAAUUCCUGUCUAUUCAAUAACAGGAAAUUUCAAUGAUAAAUGCUACCUCUGCAAGCUACAGUUAUCCAAUAUCUAUCAGGGUCUUCAGCUUCUCAAGCAGUUGUGACUAGAUAUUUGCUUGCAAUGCUCUUUUGGGCUUGCUUUCUGAUGGUGCUCAGCUCGGUGUCCAGCUCUGAUAACUAUGGAAGUAUGCUGAAGUUAUUUAAAGCUUUGCUUCACUGUCAUUUAUGGUUUUCUAUAGUGUGAGGCUCAGCAUAUAGCAAGUGUUUGCUAAUACUCAGAUAAGCCAUGAACUUUGGAGGUUUGGUUCAUUUUUUCAGCUCAUGUUUUGUUAAAAGGAUAGAAUCUUUCAGUCUUGAACACAAAUUUUUAAUCAUCAAUCAUCAUCUUAGCAUGUUGAUUUUCUCUC